AUGCAGCAAGAUACGCCACUCCUCAAGUUGCCUUCCGAAGUCCUACACCAGAUCCUCACCCACCUCGAGUGCCAGACGCUGAUAUCCUUGGGUCGAACCUGUCGCCAACUACAUACUGCCGCACUCACCGACCUGCUUUGGGCAAAUCUUCUUAGACGCGAAAUACCCGCCAUCGAUUUCCCUGAAAGCGACCCGUUCCCGUCUUCCUCCUAUCGCGACCUCUACAUUACCCAUCAUCCGUACUGGUUCGUCCCGAAGUACAAAAUAUGGAUCUCAAACGAUCCGCAUAUCGGCAGGAUCAUGCUCUGUCGCUUCGAUCCAAGAAGAGGCUGCAUUGAAGGCUACCGCUUACUCGCAGAGCGAGGGUCCUCCCAGAGCCUGCUGUGGCCAUACAACAGGAGCGUGGUGAUACACACCUUUGAACCGAAAGUCAAGCCAUGGCUAGACGACCCUAUUCUUACGUUAGCCCACAAUAUAGGGCCCUUCAAUUCUCGACAGGGAUGGUGGGAGGGCGAGAUCAAGAUGAGUGUGGGUAGACCCGGUCACAAUACUUCAGCAUCGUUUUUCCUAAGCAGAAACGUGCCUGACGACCCACGGAUGGAUGUGUGGCCGCCUCGAACAAUACCAACGAUGCCGCGAGUGCGCGCAGCGAGCAUCGACAAAUUCCAAGGCAAAGGUCACAAACCGCAGAGCUACAGUCAGAUAUCCGAGACUACAUUCCGCAUGCGCCACUGGAGCCAAUUCUCCUCCGGCAUGUCACGCUACGGGGUGCGGAUAGGCGAGGAGGUCAGCACGUGGAGCACAAUAGAUCCAUCGCUGUAUAGGCCUACGCCGGACAAACCUUUUCAGGGCAUCUUUGUUGGAGACUACGCCGGACAUGGUUGUGAAUUUCUACUCGUAAUGCAUACAGAUCAGGCGCCGCCGCAACCGCCGCCUCCCGUACGAAGCCCGUUCACGGAUGCCCAGCGCGAGUUCAUCGAUCUGGACUUGGAGGGAUUCAGUGAUGGCGAUGACAAUGACGGUCUGCUUGAGCCGUCGGAGCCCGAGCCACCGUCACGCACACGUCAGCAGUUUCCAGCAGAUGCGGCUACUCAUUAUGACGAUAGGGUCUUCAGUGGAGCCCUCGAAGCGGUGAAGUUGACUGGAGAUCCGAACGUUCCACGAGGAGAGCACACCUUCAUUGCAGACGACAUCGGACCGAAGGGACUGGUGAGAAUCGCGACAGAACAUCCGUUCGCUGGUGCUCGAGUUGUCAGAAGCCGCGGACACGUGGCUGCUCGCGGCUUUGUACAUGAUGUCUUCAUACCUUCGCAGCUGUUGAUUGUUAAUCAAAAUCGUCUUGCCCAGUACUGGGUGCCGUUUGGACAUAUUUCAUUUUACCAGAGAGUCGAUAUCGAUGAGUUAAUGCGAAGCGUGUUUCACUGA